AUGAUCCUGGGCGCUGGACCCCAUUGUGAUUGGCCAGGCCUGCGAGCGUGCAAGGCGCUGAAGGAGGAGGGGUACGAGGUGAUACUGAUCAACUCCAACCCCGCCACCAUCAUGACGGACCCCGGCACCGCCGACCGCACCUACGUCGCUCCCAUGACGCCCGAACUCGUGGAGCAGGUGAUUGCCAACGAGCGCCCCGACGCGCUGCUCCCCACCAUGGGCGGGCAGACGGCGCUGAACCUGGCGGUGGCGCUGUCGGAGCGCGGCACGCUCGACAAGUACGGCGUGGAGCUGAUCGGCGCGAAGCUGGACGCCAUCAACAAGGCGGAGGACCGCGACCUGUUCAAACGCGCCAUGGACAAGCUUGGCAUCAAGAGCCCCAAGUCCGGCACUGCCAACACGCUGCAGGAGUGCUUCGACAUCGCGCGCUACAUUGGCGACUACCCGCUGAUCAUCCGGCCGGCGUUCACGCUGGGCGGGUCUGGAGGCGGUAUCGCGUACAACGAGGAGGAGUUCGAAACCAUCUGCAAGGCCGGGCUCAGCGCCAGUGCCACGUCACAGGUGCUGAUCGACAAGUCGUUGCUGGGGUGGAAGGAGUACGAGCUCGAGGUGCUGAUCGACAAGUCGCUGCUGGGGUGGAAGGAGUACGAGCUGGAGGUGAUGCGCGACCUGGCGGACAACGUGGUGAUCAUCUGCUCCAUUGAAAACAUCGACCCCAUGGGCGUGCACACCGGCGACUCCAUUACCGUUGCUCCCGCUCAGACCCUGACUGACAAGGAGUACCAGGUAAGGGCUAGAGGAAGGGAUGGUGGGCGGGCUGGGUUCACCUGGCAGGGAAUGGGAGGGAGGCAUGGGCAGGGCAUGAGGGAGGGGCCUGGCGGACAGCGUGGGGCCUGGCCUGGCGGACAGCGUGGUGAGCAUCUGCUCCUGCCCGCCACCAACGGGGCAGGAGGGCGUUCUGCACGCCACCAAUCCUCAUCCCUCCCCCUCGUUUCCUUCUUCCCCCUCCCGCAGCGCCUCCGCGACUACUCAGUGGCGAUCAUCCGCGAGAUCGGAGUGGAGUGCGGGGGCUCCAACGUGCAGUUCGCCAUCAACCCCAAGGACGGCGAGGUGGUCGUCAUCGAGAUGAACCCGCGUGUGUCGCGCUCCUCGGCUCUAGCCUCCAAGGCCACGGGCUUCCCCAUCGCCAAGAUGGCUGCCAAGCUCUCUGUGGGGUACACGCUCGAUCGCAUUCCCAACGACAUCACCAAGAAGACCCCGGCUAGCUUUGAGCCCUCGAUUGACUAUGUCGUGACCAAGAUCCCGCGCUUCGCCUUUGAGAAGUUCCCAGGCUCCGAGCCCACGCUCACCACCCAAAUGAAGUCCGUCGGCGAGGCCAUGGCCAUCGGCCGCACCUUCCAGGAAAGCUUCCAGAAGGCCCUCCGGUCCCUCGAGACCGGCCACUGGGGGUGGGGGUGCGAGCCGGUGAAGCAGCUGGAGUGGUCCCUGGACGACCUGAAAUACUCGAUGCGCGUGCCCAACCCCGACCGCAUGUACGCCAUCUAUGCUGCGAUGAAGCGCGGCAUGAGCCAGCGGCAGGUGCAGCAGCUGACCAACAUGGACCCGUGGUAUCUGUCCCAGAUGGGGGAGUUGCUGGAAGUGGAGGAUUUUAUGGGGAAGCUGGAUGGGAACCUGCGCGCGCUCACCAAGGAUGACAUGCAGCAGAUUAAGCGCAGGGGGCUGGAGCUGGGCGUGGUGCCGGCGUUCAAGCGUGUGGACACCUGCGCGGCGGAGUUUGAAGCGAUGACGCCGUACCAGUACUCGUCGUACGAUGAGGAAAACGAGGGCCAGCCGGAUGCGGAGCGCAAGGUGCUCAUUCUCGGCGGUGGGCCGAACCGCAUUGGGCAGGGGAUUGAGUUUGACUACUGCUGCUGCCACGCGUCGUUCGCGCUGCAGGCCGCAGGGUUCGAAACAAUCAUGAUGAACAGCAACCCUGAAACCGUCUCUACGGAUUAUGACACGUCCAACCGGCUCUACUUUGAGCCGCUGACAGUGGAGGAUGUGAUUAACGUGAUCAACCUGGAGCGCCCCGAUGGGAUCAUCGUGCAGUUCGGAGGGCAGACGCCUCUGAAGCUGGCCGUGCCGAUCCAGAGGUAUCUUGAGAAGACGCAGCUGCAGGCGGCGAGCGGGGCCGGCCCGGUGCGCAUCUGGGGGACGUCUCCAGAUUCGAUUGACGCGGCGGAGGAUAGGAAGCGGUUUGAGGCGAUGCUGAACGAGCUGGGGAUCAACCAGCCGCCCGGGGGGAUUGCACGCAGCGAGGAGGAUGCGCUGGCGGUGGCGAAGCGCGUGGGGUAUCCCGUGGUGGUGCGGCCGUCGUAUGUGCUGGGAGGGCGGGCCAUGGAGAUUAACGCCACGGAGUUGGAUGUGGACUGCCUGGCGGACAGCACGGGUGCAGUGACCAUAGGCGGCAUCAUGGAGCACAUCGAUCAGGCGGGCGUGCACUCCUCAUCCCGCACCCCUCUCUCCCUCCCCCAUUACCCCCGCCCUUGCAUCUUUCAGAACGCCACAGAGUUGGAUGUGGACUGCUUGGCGGACAGCACGGGUGCAGUGACGAUAGGCGGCAUCAUGGAGCACAUCGAGCAGGCAGGCGUGCACUCGGGCGACUCUGCGUGCUCCCUACCCACUCAGACCAUCUCAGAGGAUGCUCUAGCCACCAUCCGCGACUGGACCACCCGCCUUGCUCGCAAGCUGAACGUGGUGGGGCUGAUGAACUGUCAGUACGCAGUGAUGCCAACAGGCGAGGUCUACAUCAUUGAGGCCAACCCCCGCGCCUCCCGCACCGUGCCCUUCGUGGCCAAGGCCAUUGGCCACCCGCUCGCCAAGUACGCCUCGCUCGUCAUGGCGGGGAAGACCCUGCAAGAGCUGGGCUUCGACAAGGAGGUGAUCCCCAACCACGUGUCCGUCAAGGAAGCCGUGCUGCCCUUUGACAAGUUCCCCGGCUGUGACGUGCUGCUGGGGCCCGAGAUGCGGUCCACUGGAGAGGUUAUGGGGCUGGAUGCGACUUUUGAGAAGGCGUUUUUGAAGGCGCAGGUGGCGGCGAAUCAGCGGCUGCCAACUGGCGGGUCGGUGUUUGUGAGCCUGAACGAUCUGACCAAGGAGAGCGGCGUGGAGGUGGCGAAGAGCUUUGUGGAUCUGGGGUUCAAGAUACUGGCCACUGAGGGCACGGCCAAUGUGCUGGAGGAUGCGGGCAUCGAGGUAUGCGUGAGAUGGGCGCGAGUCUUGGUUCUGCACUCUUCUCAUCGUGGUCUCGAUUGCGAUCUGGUGUCCAACGGGCAGAUCCAGCUGCUGGUGAUCACCUCAGCGGGCGAUGCACUGGACCAGAAGGACGGGCGGCUGCUGCGCCGCACAGCGCUGGGCAAGAAGGUGCCCAUCAUCACCACCAUGGCCUCUGCUCGUGCCACCGUCAAGGCCAUCCGCGGGUUGAUUGAGUCGCCGAUCGAGAUGAAGGCCCUGCAGGAUUAUUAUGUUGCUGGGAGCAAGGAGGCUAUUGCUGAUGCUGCUGCCACCGCUGCUGCUGCGGCGGCAGUGAGUCGGUAA